GGCAGUAGUUGGCGACGUAAUCGGCAAAGAAGAAGGACCAAGCAAAACAGGAAGGUUAGGCUAGCUGGAAUCCAAUGCAACGAAAUAAUAAGCAGAAAAAAUGAGGAAGCAGCUAAGACACUGAGCUAACAUCAUGGUGGAUAAUCGCUACGCCACUGCCCUGGUCAUCGGCUCCGUGCUGAGCCUACUGGCUGCUGUUUACUUAUCGGUGGCUGUGGGAACGCAGCACUGGUAUCAGUACAGCAGCCCUCCGGCCGCACAUGAUGGGAGCAACGCCUCACUCUUGCGGGACGACUCCGUUGACGGCGAAUUCAAUGAGAAGACAUCCAGCGAGAACUUGUAUCGCUUUAAUGGCACCAUGGGACUGUGGUGGUGGUGCAUCCUAGUGCCAAGCCAGUCCCAUUGGUUCAAGGAGCCAGAUCCCAAGUUUCAGAGGCAGUGUGAGCGCUUCACACUUCCUCAGCAGUUCUUACCAAAGUACAAAUAUCAUGGAAACCACAACCGUGAAGAGGACCUGUUAAGGACAUACUUGUGGAGGUGCCAGUUUCUCCUACCUCUGGUGUCUCUGGCCUUGGUCUUCCUCAGCGGCCUCAUUGGCGUCUGCGCUUGCCUGUGCCGCAGCUUCACGCCUACCUUGGCUGUGGGAGUGUUGCAUCUACUUGCAGCUCUUUGCUCUCUGGGGAGCGUGUGCUGCUUUCUGGCCGGCGUGGAUCUCCUCCACCAGUACACAAAACCUAAGGAGGUGGAAUCCUCUCUGGGCUGGUCCCUCUAUCUCGCCCUCAUCUCUUUCCCGCUGCAAGUGAUGGCGUCCGCCUUGUUCAUCUGGGCAGCCCGCAGCCACCGAAAGAACUACACACGCAUGAUUGCUUACAGAGUGGCCUAAAAUGGCAGCUGAUGUUCAAAAUCUAAAAGCAAUGAGCGUACAGUGCGUAUGGAAAGUAUUCACAACAUCUCACAUAUUCUACAUUUUAUGUGACAGCCUCAUGAGAAAAUUGAUUAAAUUCAUUUUAUCCUCAAGUUCUCCGCAAAACACCAACUAAUGACAGCAUGGGAAAAAAUGUAUUAAAUUAUCUUUUCAUUUGUAUUCAGUUUUAGCCACAAAAACCUUUAAAAAGCUAAAUCUGCUGCUUUGAAGGUUCAGUGACCUCCCUUAUAUGUAAAUGGAAGAACUUGCAAAGCAGGAAUCUUCCUAUAGGCCGCAUGCCUAAACUGAGUAAUUGGGAGAGAAGGACUUUAGUCAGAGAGGUGCCCAGGAACCUUUGGUCACUCUGCCAGAGUGGAGUGGAGAACCUUCUAGUAGACAACCAUCUUCACCAAUUACGCUUGUAUGGUGGAGCACAGACUUCAUAAUGGUAUUGACGGGACACUGGGUCGUUUAGUGGGGGGGAGGGGGGCUAUCUCCGUCAAAGCUGACCGAGUGGAAACACACACAAAGAGCUUUUUCCAUUGAAAAUUAUUGUGAAUAAUAUAAUAAUAUAUAUAAUAAUAGUAAUAAUAUUGUGAACCCUCAAUUCUUUAUAGUAGUGAUGCACGAUAAUACAUUUUUCAACCGAUAUCGAUAACCGAUAAUUACCUGCCCCUUCCACCCGAUAACCGAUAAUGUCACGCCGAUAAUCCUAUUCAAAUAUGUAUGUAAAAUUUUAAAGUAUACAAAGAUAAAUGUUACUGUGCAAAAAUGUAAUGUAGUGCUAUUUUUUUCCACAUCAAAUGUGAACAAGUAGUAAAUUCCAACAACUAAACAAUGGCAAUGACAUUGUGUAAUGGUAAGCUUUUGGCAACAAUUACUUAAGGAGUUAACACCCAAGUUGCAGAAAAAUGCCUUUAAAAGUAAGCCAUCCCUAACAUAUAUCAUAUUACUACACUGCAAAACCACCUCCUUAAAACUAGCAGAAUUGGACAAAACUGUUGAUUGCGCACAUUUGGAGGCUAAAUCAAGUAUAUAAUUAUCGGAUUGCAUUAUCGGUUGAAUUUCGUUUUAUCUGGAUUAUCUGUGUGACGUCAUAAUUGCCAUUAUCGGCCGAUAAUUAUCGGUGACCGAUAUUAUCGUGCAUCUCUACUUUAUAGAUAUGGACGUAAAACAGUCUCAAUCUUUGGUUGAAAGCAAAAAAAAAAUGGGCAGUUAGCUUUUUUUUUAAGUACAGGCAUGCAAACUGGUUAGGGGUGAAAAAGGUGACAAAGUAACAUGGACACACGGCAUGCGCGGAAAAGUGCAUUUCAUAGUGCAACCAGAGACAUCUGAAUUAAACACAGUACAUAAUAAUUUAACAUGUACAAGUCUAAAUCUCUCAUCCUGAAAUCAGAACAUAUAAGACGCAUUAAGUAGCAAAUUAUACAAAAUCUUAAUUAUAAAAUAUACAGUAUGUCCCAUUUGCAUUAAGCAGAGAACAGCUGUACAGCAUAAAAUAUGAAUUUAUAGGUACAGUAUAAAUUCCAUUCACUUAACUAUUAUGUGUUAGAUAGAUAGAUAGAUAGAUAGAUAGAUAGAUAGAUAGAUAGAUAGAUAGAUAGAUAGAUAGAUAGAUAGAUAGAUAGAUAGAUAGAUAGAUAGAUAGAUAGAUAGAUAGAUAGAUAGAAUAAAAAAAUUACAAUUCUUCAAAAGUAUUAACUGUAGUGAUCAUAACUUUAUUUACAUUAAACCAAAGCAAUUAGUCCCAUGGUCCUUAACUUCGAUUGAUAGGACAUCAUACUGGAUAAACAGACGUACACCAGUAGGCUGUUUUAUGAAAGGGGUGUGUACGAACAGCGCGGGAAUGGGGGUACUUUCAAAUGCGACCUGUAGCGGAGCUCUCUGGUUUGAUAAACUCUCGAUGGCUAAACGAAUGAAACAACCUCCACAACAAGGCAAAACUCUUCCCUUUCUGUAAUUAUCGGAGGGUUUAGAGGGGCCUUAAAUAACUCGUUGUCAAAAAUAACUGGUGACCAUUCAGAACUUUACUAACAAAGCUCUGAACAUGACUUGUAUGGAAGGCACUAGUUUAUCACUGUAGUUACCUCAUUGCUCAUGAUUUUUUUAAUUUUUUUUUUUAAUCAUUAACAAGCGCUUUACAAAGGGGCCUUAAAUAACUCGUCACAACGCCAACUGGCGACAAUUCAGAUCCCAACUGACGUUCGCUAACUUUACUAGCAAAGCCCUGUGUGAAAGGCGCUAGUUAGCCCCUCCGCAGUUAGCGCUACCUCGAGUAACUGCGUUCUACGAGGCGGUGAAAUAUCGAGGAACAUCUGAAGUCAGUUAUCAAGAAAUUAAGCGAAUACUUGUGUUAUAGACAUCAUUACAAGCGCAGGAAUUGAUCGAACGACACGAUUGAAUGAUUUCUGAAGACUAUUAUAGGCCAUCACUCAAACUUUUAGCUUUAAGAAGUUAACCAUUUUUGACAUUAAUCCCUUACCUUGCCGCAAUUUCCAACGGGUCCGGUCGAGAAGCUGGGAUGGAGAGGGGUUCCGCCUCCUCAUUGCUGAUUGGUGAUAACUGUGCUCCCGUCUCUCACUGUUGUCAGUCAUUUGUUGUCACGAGAAGAGAGUGGCGGUGAUCGGUCUAGGUCAUCGGACUAGAGUGUAAUUUUGAGCAUGGACUACGGUUUUGAAGUUAACGGUUUCACUCGCUCGUUAACGACCCCCCCCCCCUUUUUUUUUUCUCCUCGGAUCUACGUGAUUCAGAAGAAAGACCCAUUUUGAUUUCAAAACGGCGAAAUUUCGCCGAAAGGUGGCAAGUUUGCAUGCCUGUAAGUAAAUAAGUCGAAUGUGCUGCUCGUCUUUAAGUCAAUGUGGCGCCGCCUUACCACAACAAAGAGCUUUUUACGUUGAAAUUCUUGUGAAGUCUCGAUUCUUCGUAAAAGGGAAGAAAAAAAAAUGGCAGUUAGCGUUUAUUGUAAGUAAAUAAGUCGAAUGUGCUGCUCGUCUUUAAGUCACUGUGGCGCCGCCAUACCACAACAAUGAGCUUUUCAUGUUGAAAUUCUUGUGAAUAAAUGCUUAAAUCCCUGAAUUCUUUUUAGAAAUGGAUGUAAAACAGUCUUGAGUCUUCGUUGAAAGCAAAAAAAAAAAUAUGGGCAGUUAGCAUUUAUUUUAAGUAAAUAUGUCGAAUGUGCUGCUUGUCUUUUAAGUCACUGUGGUGCCGCCUUACCACAACAUGGUAAAUGGUGUUAUACUUGUAUAGCGCUUUUCCAACAAAGCUUUUUACGUUGAAAUUCUUGUUAAUAAAUGCUUAUAUCCCUGAAUUCUUUAUCGUUAAAAGAGCAAAGAACUGGUCAGUUAGCAUUUAUUUUACGUAAAUAUGUUGAAUGUCCUGCAGCUGCCUUAUGAAAACAAAUACUGUACCUUUUUCCUUUGAAAAUUGUUGUGAAUAAAUGCCUAAAUCCCUGAAUUCUUUAUAGAUAUGGACAUAAAACAGUCUCGAUUCUUGGUUAAAAGCAAGAAAACCGUGCAGUUAGCAUUUAUUUUAUGUAAAUAUUGCGAACUAUGAUGCCAUAGCGGAUAAUUUCUCCCAUUGAUUUUUUUCACAACGUUUCAAAAUGCAUGCAUGGCACGAAAAAUACAAUAAUUACAUUGAAUCCUUGAGCAAAUCACUCCUGAGACAAUCCUUCCUGUUUGUAUGCGGUACAGCUUUCAUACUUUUUCCACAGAAAUCUGGCGUUAGAUCGCUGCGUUCGUGUGUUUGUGAAUAGCUCCUUUUGAUGUGGGUGGCCUCUACUUGAAUGCAAGGCCCAGUGCAUGACCGAUUUGACCUGUCAAUACAUUAUGAAGUCUAUGGGUUGAGUGACCAGAUGAAAGCCAUUCCUUAGUUAAAUAAAAAGCACAUAGCAGCCUGCUUGGAGUUUGCAAAAAAAAAAAAAGUUAUCUCAAACCACGUGAGAAAAUUCCCAAGUCUGAUGAGACAAAGACUGAACUCUUGCCAAGUGUCAUUUUUGGACGAAACCAGGCACUGCACAUCACAUGACUAAUAUCAACCAUAAAAUGAAACAUGAUAGUUCCAGACUUAUUCUGUGGUGAUAUUUUUGUGUGGUAAGAACUGGGAGACUAGUCUAAAUUGAGGAAAUAUCCAGUAUAAAACCUGCUCUAGAGGGUCAGGCCUCAGAUUUGGGUGAAGGUUUACCUUCUAACACACCUAAGCACACAUCCAAGACAAUAAGGAGGGACUUACACAACUAGGUGAAUGUCAUUGAGUGACCCUUCAGAGCCCAAACUUUAAUGAUAUUGACAAUUUGGUAAGAUCUAGCUAAUGGCUGUGGAUCAACGCUCUCCAUCAGACCCGUUGGAGAUCCAGAGUGUGAUGCAAAGUGGAAUGGGCAAAGCUUGUCAAAGGUAUGACAAGCGUUUGUCAUCAUGUUAAAAAAGAUUAUUGAGCAAAGUCUAUUCAUACUUAAUGUACAUUUUGAGUUUUGUUUAUUUUUAAUGUAUGGACCAUUUUUUUCAAAAAAAAAAAAAAAAAAAAAAGUCAUUCUGGGGUGUUGUGUGCGGAGCCAUUAGUGUCUUUUUUUAUUUCAUUGCAGAAUAAGGCUGUAACGUAAAUGUGGAAAGGGGGAACGCAUUGAAUUCUUUCAAGAUGCACUGUAUAUUUGUAGCCAAUCAUCAUAAGUGCUGAUAAUAUCCAUUACACAACAUCCAUUUGUGGUAUUGCUUCUUUACUUUAUUGCAUCAAGGUAGCCUUUUUUCCUCCUUUAAGUGCAUGCUAUAUUAUUUAUUGCUUGUGUUGCUGUGAAGCUUGCCUUUCUUUUAGGUGCCAUCGGUUUCACUGCUGCUUUUCACCAUGCCUUUAACUUUUUCUUCAUCAAUAGCACAAUGCUAAGACAUUUCAGCUGUUUGAUAAAAACAUUCUUCAACCUGAUUGUAGUUGUUCAAAAUAUUUUUUAUUAUCAUUAUAAUGCUUAAGCCUCUGUUUAAUGCUACCGCUAAUUGCAAAAAACGGUUUGUUUCAAAUUAUACGGAAUACACUCCUGCUUGCUCUUUCGUAUUAUUCACCUUUGAUAAAACCACUUAAAAUGUCAAGCGUUCCUAACUGUUGGUAAUUUUGUGGAAGUCUCUUAAAAGAGGCUCAAAUUGUGUAUGUUGGUCAUUCCAGAAUUGGGGGAAAUGUAUGUUCAACCCAUCCCAUUUGAAAUAAAACUCAUGCAAAAUACUAAAAA